AUGUAUGAAGAUUUCUUUAAAAAUCCUGGAACAUCAGCUGAAAUUGAUAAACACUGCAAAGUAUUUGAUGAAGUAGGCAAAACAAAUCCCGAAGCUAAAAAACUUUGCGGUAAGCUAUUAUACUUAUUAGAAAAUAUAGUUAAGAAUCCGACAACGACUGAUAAUGUUAAACGGUGUAGUUAUUUGCGCUACUGGUUUUAUGAUGAAAUAUGGGGUUUUCAUACUGAGCACUCUAAGAAAAUUGGUGAAAUAUCUUUUGUUAAAGAACUUAUUGACAUAGGGAGUAGGGUCCAUAAGAAGGAAUUAAAAAAUAUGUGUGAUAUACCAUAUGAUAAAGAUGUUAAUUUAGACGAAUGGAGAAAAAGGAAACUUUCGUAUAUUUAUUUUAAAAACCAUGAUAGUAUUAAAAAUAUUAGUAUUUCCGGAAAGAAAACUGAAUGCGUUAAGCAUCUGGCGUAUGUUGACAGUUUUAUUUCAUUGUAUAAAGAGUAUUAUGAAAAGCACUGUAAGAAUCGUGGUUUUUUUUCCUUUUUCUCUGGUUAUAUUGAUUAUUUUCCAUGUAGUUCCCUAUAUGAUCCAAAUAAACUCUUAGCAGCGUUAAAAAUAUGUAAUCCUCCAGAGCCUCCAAAGGUCAAACUUUCAGCAAGUUCUGCACCGGUUAGUGGUAGAGCUGGGGGAGCAGCCCCAGUAGGUUCAGCAGAUACAAUAGGCACAACAAGUUCAGUUGUUACAAGAGGUUCAAAAAGUCCUGUAACAGCAGUACACGGAGCGGCAAUACCAGGACCGGUGUCCACUUUGAAAACUGGAAAAUCUUUGACCCUCCCAACAGGAGGUAUUCCUGGACAGGGUCAUCAUGUUACGGUGCCUAAUUUACAGAUUAGAAACGAUACAAGACAUGGGGAUACGGCUUCUGUUCCUAGUACUUUGGAUAGUGUAUCCUAUAAGACGGAUUCAAACUUUAUACGUGACAUCAUCAUGGGG